AUGCCCGAUGGCUCACUCUUCAUCUUUGCAGAUACUUCCUCAGAAAUCUUUGACGCAGCAGCCAACGAAACCAUCAAGAAAAUGCCCACCAUGCCCGGAAUGCACAGAACCUAUCCCAACACGGGUGGUAGCGUCAUGCUACCUCUUAGCGCAGGGAACAACUAUGAGCCUGAAAUCAUGAUCUGUGGUGGCGGACAAACACAAGCAAUUGACAGCCGGUGUGAAGCAAGUUGCGGACGGCUGAAACCGAUGAGCCAGAAUCCAAAGUGGCAUAUGACUGGAAUGCUAGGGCCUCGAGGAAUGGUAGAAGCUGUCUUACUUCUCGAUGGCACCGUGCUCUGGAUCAACGGCUGUCACAUUGGUGCUCAAGGGUUUGGCCUGGCCCGCGACCCAGCCUUGGAGGCUCUUGUCUAUGACCCGCGAUCAUAUAGAUGGACUGUAUCUGGGAGAACCACGAUUGCGAGACUUUAUCACUCUGUGGCCAUCUUACUCCUGGAUGGAACAGUCCUCAUCGCCGGAAGCAAUCCAAAUGAAAUGCCGGUCACGCUGCCACAUGUCGAAAUGAACAACCAGUACAAGGCCUUUCCCACCGAAUUCAGAAUUGAGAUUUGGACCCCGCCAUAUCUCCGUGGUGACAAGUCGUAUCGAAGACCCCGCGACAUCGGCCUGUCGACUUACAGCCUCGCCAGAGGGACCAGAUUUAGCAUCGAAUUCAGCACAAAGGAGCAGGUCGAGACGCUGGACAUUAUCCUCUACAGUGGGGGCUUCAUCACGCACUCGGUUCACAUGGGCCAGGUAAUGGUGUACCUCGAGAACAAUGGCGCCGAGACCUUGAGCGACGGUCGGCGGAUGGUUGAGGCACGCAUGCCUGAAAAGAUCAAACUGGCUCCUGGGCCGUAUGUUGUGUAUGUGGUUGCAAACGGGAUUCCCGGGAUAGGACAGUUUGUUACGUUGCGCGUUUGA